AAAAAAAAAAAAUAGACGAGUGCUUAGUUUAAAUAAUGUAAAUGUUUGCUACAUUCCUUGGGAUUAUGAGAUUUUCAAAACACAUUCUGUUUUAUUCAUUUUUCACACUACAUCCCAGGUUUAUUGUAUUAGCAAAGUCUAUUUUUGCCGAUUAUUUUUUGCUAAUGAAUUACAAAAUUAUGCUUUCUGACUCCAAAUCCCAUUUCACAGAGAAUGGAGGAGACAAGACAAACUAAACCCCAGGCAGAUGGAGAAGUACGUCUGCGGGACUUGCUGAGGAUGAUUUGGGGGGUUUCACUGUUCCCUGAGUGGAGUAUAGGAACUCGGGGGUGUGAAUGAGCUCGAGACUCGCGGCUGGUUGGAUACAAACGCUCCGGAUUUACCAGAAAACACCGCGCAGCAGCCAGGCGGACGCUCUCACCCUCCCUCCAGCAGCUUAAAUCCCCUUCUGUUGCGUUUUUAUCCUCGGAAGUAGAGAAAGAAAACUGUGUCAUUUCAGGGGAAAGCGCGAGCACACAGAUGGUUUCUGCCUGAACGCUUGCAGGAAGGGACAGAUGUGUUGCCGCUGCUGUACGGACCCCGGGCCGUGGUGGAGCCCACAAAGAAAAUGACAGAAGAAGUGAAUGAGACGGAGCGCGUCGAAGGGGCAAAGCGGGACGUGUGAGCGCAGAGAAGCGUGCCCCAGAUCUGUAAAGCAUCUGUCAUCCGGGCUCCUUUUUCUUUCUUUCUUUUUGAAAAUACACGUUUUGGGCCAACAGCUCUUUAUCCUAAAUCUGGAAAAAACAAAGAACCAUGUGCUCCCUGGCAGCACAUCUCCAUGCGUAAAUUGGAUAGACGCGUUUUCGCUUUGCUUCCCCCCAAAAUGCGCUCAAGGACUAAUGCUUAUUUCGUUCCUGCCCCGUAACAACACUCGCAUGGAUGCAUUAUAGACUUCCUCAUACUUCAUAUCUGCCAUGAGUGAUGAUGACCGUGUCUGCAGAGGCUCGCAGCACCCGUGCGCCGAGCGGCGGCACUUGUGAUAAAGCUCAGUGCGCACCGGAUCGCAAUGGUUAUGUGAGAACACGUGUCACCCCACAGUGCCGUGGCCGGGACUGCGAGACGUGGCCUGGGCUGAUGUUUACAAAAAUAUGGAGUUCCCAGAGCCUCCGGAGUGCGGUGUGUGUGGGGUCGCUCUGUGUUUUCCUCGCCGCGCUGCUCAGAUGUGCAGAGUGGAGAGCAGCUGAGGCCAGCAGCAGCAGCAGCAGCAGCAGCAGCAGCAGCAGCAGCAGCAGCAGCAGAGCUGAACACACAUUCUCUCUUUCAUCUUCCCCCCUUCACUUUGUUUCAGGCUGCGCAGCGGAGCUGUUGCAAACUUGCUGGGGUGCGCUCUCGCCGCUCUUCACGCUCGUAUGUGCCUUUUUCUGGGUCGGCGUGUAUCUGAUCCGCUGCGGGGCGCUGAUCCAGACCGUGCUCUCCCUGCUGACCUUGUGCCACUUGGGCGAAGUCGCCGCCUGGUCCCUGCUGGACGGGACGGACGAGCAGCUGCUCUCGGCCACCGCCGCGGCCGUGGUCGUGCUCGUCUGCGUGGCCGCUGGCGCCCUCAUGGUAGCGCGGCUGAACCGGGGCACGUCGGUGAUCGUUUUCAUCAGCCUGGUCCGGACCGUGUCGCUCCUCUCGCUGCACAGAGUGCGCGCCGCGUGGAGACCGUACGUGGCGUACCUGCUCGGAGUGCUGGGCAUCCUGCUGGCGAGGUAUGCUGACAGGCUCCUUCCCAAACAAGGGACGCGCGAGGAGGGCUGCACCCCCGUGACAGGAGCCAGGGAAGAGAUCCCUGUAUUUAAAAGGCGCAGGAGGUCCAGUUCGGUUAUCGCCUCCGACAUGGCACACAGUCAGUCCAGCAGUAAGUCCCAUCGUCGGACUUCUUUGCCAUGCAUCCAGAGGGACCAGAUGCUUUCCCGCUCAGAUUGGGACCACAAGAGAGGCGCCCGAGGAUCACAGUCAUCAGGAACGACUGUUGUGGUGGACAUUGCGGUGAUGGGAGAGGCCCACGGACUGAUCACCGACCUGCUGGCUGACCCUUCGUUACCUGCCCACACCUGCACAUCCCUGCGGGCUGUCAGCAGUCUGCUAACAACCCAGCUCACCUUCCAACCUCUGCACCGACCACGCCCUGCACCACUGAUUAACCCCAGUGAUGCUUACACCUGCUCCGACUCAGAGGAGGGACCUGAGAAAGAAGGGAAGACAUCCAUACAUAAGCGUCUGAGGCGGAGUCUCCAUCCUCUGAGGAGGAUUUCUUCCACGUGGACCACCACCACCUCCGCCACAGGACUGCCCACUAUCGAGCCCGGGCCUGUUCGAAGGGACCGCAGCGCCAGCAUUAAACCCUACCAUGAAACACUCACUUGCAGUUGUGGGAGACCAUACAUCAGACUGAGCCAUGGGGAAGGCUCCAUUGACAAGGGAGACAAAAUACCAUGUUCAGCAGAGGACCAAGUGGUUGUAUCAUCAGACUAUGACAGCACCCAUGAAGCCAACCACAGUGACAGUAGUGAUGUAGCACACACGGAGGAGGACUCUGUGAUAGGGAACACCCCUUCCCAGAAUGUCAUCCUCCAUGCACUGAUACCUCCUGAGGACAAACCUAUUCUGGCACCAGAGCCAAUAAUAAUGGAGGACUUGGAGCCAUUGAUGGACCAGUUAAACAAUUGGAACUUCCCGAUCUUCACCUUGAUGGAGAAAACGAACGGGAAAUGUGGAAGGAUCCUCAGUCAGGUAUCUUACAGGCUGUUUGAAGACACAGGCCUGUUUGAGACCUUCAAGAUCCCUGUUAAAGAAUUCAUGAAUUACUUCCAUGCCCUUGAGAAUGGCUACAGAGACAUACCAUAUCACAACAGGGUCCAUGCCACAGAUGUGUUUCAUGCAGUCUGGUACCUCACCACACAACCCGUGCCUGGUUUGCCCAGCCUCAUUACAGAUCAUGGUUCUGCUAGUGACUCAGACUCUGACAGUGGAAUAACGCACAGUCACAUGGGCUUCCUGGUUUCAAAGACCUACACUGUGUCAGAAGAUGGAUACGGCUGCCUGUCGGGCCUCAUACCUGCUCUAGAGCUCAUGGCACUUUACGUGGCUGCGGCAAUGCAUGACUACGAUCAUCCAGGAAGGACGAACGCAUUCCUUGUGGCCACCAGUGCCCCUCAGGCAGUGCUCUACAACGAUCGCUCAGUUCUGGAAAAUCACCACGCUGCCUCGGCCUGGAACCUCUUCAUGUCCCACCCAGACUACAACUUCCUCGUCAACCUGGACCACGUGGAGUUCAAACGUUUCCGUUUCCUGGUUAUUGAGGCCAUACUGGCCACUGACCUAAAGAAGCACUUUGACUUCCUGGCUGAGUUCAACGCCAAGGUGGGCGAUGGUCCAUCAACAGGGAUUGACUGGUCUAAUGAGAAUGACAGGUUGCUGGUGUGCCAGAUGUGCAUAAAACUGGCUGACAUCAAUGGGCCUCUGAAACACAAGGAUCUCCAUCUGCAGUGGACAGAGGGUAUUGUCAAUGAGUUCUACGAACAGGGUGAUGAGGAGUCCAGCCUGGGGCUUCCUGUCAGCCCCUUUAUGGAUCGAGCGGCACCGCAGCUGGCCAAACUUCAGGAAUCAUUCAUUACACACAUCGUUGGACCGCUCUGUAACUCCUACGACUCGGCCUGCCUCAUGCCUGGACGGUGGGUAGAGCCCGAGCCAGAGGAAGAAGAGCCCGACACUGGGGAGAUUGAGGAGGCAGGUGAUGAUGAUGAUGACGAUGAUGCGUCCACCUGCUCUGAAGCAUCACAGAAAGCAGCACCCAAGAAAAGGAGAAAAGUGUUUUGUCAGAUCACCCAGCACCUGCUGGAGAACCAUGAGAUGUGGAAGAAGGUGAUAGAAGAGGAGUCUCAGAGUACGGACCAAGGAGCAGAGUCUGUCCAUUUAAACAAUGUAGCAGAACCGAUUCUGGCUAUCGACGAGGAAGAGGAGGAACUGGGCAGCAGAGAAGAGCAGGUAGAAGGAGAGCAGCCUGAGGAGGAGAUCGAGGAACCAGGCUGGUCGCAAAGGGACAACUGUAAACUUCCAGUGGAGCUGGAGGACAGGGACCCACAAUGAACGUUCUCGCUCCCAAGAAGAGACAUGGCAUCAGUCAGGAAAAAGAUGUAAAGAAGUAUUUGGUUUGUUCUUUUUUUUUUUUUUUCAACUAAAUCCUCUUUCUGCCAGCACAUUACUUAGACACAACACUGUAGAUGUUUGGGGUUUGGGAAAAGGCUGCGGUAGCUCCAUGUUCAGUUUGGCAGUCUUGUAAUCCCAGGUUGCAUCAGGUAGGGCACUUGGCAUGAAACAAUUGCCAAAACUUUUGUCCAAAGUUUGCUUCCUGAAGAACGGAGCAGCUGAAAAGAAAGCAACAACUGUAGACGUUUGGGGGAACUGCGUGCCUACACCGAAGAUUAAAAACAGGGUGGGAAAUUUUGUGCUUUACAUAUGUAAUCUGGUUAUGCUGUUUCACUAAACACUUUACCAGGCCUUUUCAUAUUGCAAUAAAGGGUUUAUGGACUGAUUUGCUACUGUCAGAAGUAGAAGAAAUGCAGUUGCACACCUUUCAACCCGAUGUUUAAACACAAGACUGUAGAAAUCUGCUGCCAGUUUAUACAUACUUGUUUCCUGAAUGCGAUUAUAUAUAAAAUAUCACCAUUGCUUGUGCUUGUGUUCAAAUUUUAGCCUUUUUCAGGUCUAAACUGUGCUACAAUAUGUUUUUUACAGGUGUGUUAGAAAGGGAGUGAAUCUAAUGAGGAACGAUCUUUAAUCCAUCUUAUUAAAAAAAUGUUCCUUUUUUGUAAGCUUUAGCAUACAAAUCUAUUUUUACGCACAUUUUAUUUGUCAUUUUCUUCUCAAAUGAAGUAAUUAAAUCCCGUUAGUCCCACUAAGUGGAGUCAUUUUAGUGGCAUGCACAGCCCAGAGGCUUCUCUCAGUUUUACAGUCUGAAUGUUUGUGCAUUUGUUUUGGUUUCAACUACAUGUGCUCACAUACACAUCUUCUUCAGGACACAAACUCAAUAAAUAAUCAUAUAUUUACAUGUUAGAUGGCACUAUAAACCAAUAUUCCAGUACAGAGCCAAAAAUUAAAAACCACUGAAUAAAAAAAAAGAAAUAAAUACCUGAUUUUACCCAAAGGCUAUUUUCUGAUUAAUAGAAAAACAUUUGGGUUCAGCAAUGUAUGACUCAGAGAUAUUAAAUGUAUCUGAGAAGUAAGAUUUCUGUCAUUAAUUUUUUAACAAGAACUCAUAAUGUGACUAUUGUGUCCAGGGCUGUCUGAUUUCCAAAGAUAAAAAAGAAAAACGAUAUUAAAGACAAAACUAUUUAACUUGGUAUGUGAAUUUAUGCAAAUUGGCAGUGAGAUUUAGAAAAUUGCAUAGCUUAAAAUUUUGCCUAGGGCACCAAAUUUGCUAGGGCCGGCACUGAUUGUAAAAAGACCUCCACCUUUAAACAAAAUGAGGGGUAGUUUAUCCAUGUCAAAAAUGUACUGACCUGCUUGUUUAUGAGUCAAGGCUGACGGUUGAUGGAUUCAGGAUUGUUUGAGAUGAAACAGCUGAUAAAAGUAAAAUCAUACAAACUGAUUGAAUAAUACAUUUAACCUUAUGAUAAGCUAUGAAAAAAAUGUUAGCUCUCUUUUUCAUAGCAAGCAGUGAUCCAGAAACUCUGUCCCAGUUGCAUUUCCGUCUAUAAUAUUCCUAUACACGGGUAUCUAUUUCUGCAAAAACCUGGUAUAAUUUACUUUAAUGAAUCUUCAGAAAGAAGGAAGGAAGUUUUUUGUUUUUUUUUAUCAAUAUGCAUGCAGCAUACACAAUGAAAUCAUGUUUGGUGUUACAAAGAAUAUUGUUGCAUAAGUUUGUGUAGGCAGAAGAUAUGACAGAGCUAGAGGAACACAGUGUGUUCUGUUAUUCUUGCAGGCUGUACAUUAACAACAGCCGUGGGUGGUUUUCAGCCUCUUUGCAGCAGCCCUGACAAGGAAGGGGCCACUCACAAGCUGGAUAUAUGCCUGACCCACUGAUUAGUCUGAAAUUACACACGUUUACCAUAAACCUUCUGUUAAAUCGGAAUAUUUUUGAAUUCACUGAAACAUUUAGCAUUUGCGUCACCCUUUGUGUCUUACUGGGAACAAGCAUUUUUUAUCUGUUACAUCUAAGUGAUCUGUAACCAUCAUUACAUUCCCGAUUGACAAUAAAAGCUUAAAUUAUUAGAAAAGAAUUCAGUGCAACACCAACAUUUAAAAAAGGUUUAGUUUUUAAAGGUGGAUUCUGUGGAAAAGAUGUUGACAAAUACUAUCUUACCUGUUGUAGAUCAUUUUUUGACCCCACUCUUUUGAAUAGUUUUUACUAACCUGUUUGAUGAUCGAACAGUCUGAGAGAGGCUAAAACCGAAUUGGAUUAUUGACUUCUUAAAACAACUCUAAUCUUGGAAUUACCCUAUUUAUGUGCGUAUGUCGCAAAAAAUGUAACACCAAAGAACAUUCAUGAAGUUGGGGAAUCAUAUUAUGCACAGGAGUAUUUUUUUUACGCCAGAGUCAGAGAAGGAAAAACUGUUUUUGUUUUUCCUGUUAACCACAGCGCAGUGAUGGAAAGAAAACACGGACAAUCGUGUGCUCAAUAGGACCAGACGAGCAGCUCUUCGAAGGUGCACAUCUUACUAAUUUAACAAUCAGGUUCUGCUGUCGGACCGUAUCGUUUUCAGGGACAUGAAGCCCGCACUGCUCCUCUGCAGCCUUUGCUCUGCAGCUACAAACACACCCACAGCUGUGCGUCCCCAAAAUAACCUGUUUCCUUGUCAGAGGGUACACAGCAAAGGCUGAAAAAUCCUGAAGUCUGUAUGAAAUUAGGGGUAACAUUAUACACAAAGAUUAGAUUCUUUAAGCUUUUUAAGCUCAGAAAAUGGGGAUCACAUUAUGCUUAAAGCACAUUAUGCAUGAAUAAAUAUGGUAAAUGGUAUUUCACACAAUAAUCCUAUUUUACAGAUUAUUCCAUUGUCAUCAGUUUGAUUUCAGCUACAGCUAAAGCUUACCUUGUGCAACCUAGGGAACUUUUAGCCACAAUAUUAUAUGUAUGUAAUGUCUAACACAAGAUUAGCCAUGUAAUGCAAAACUGACAACAAUGAAACUGUUUAAAAAUUA